GACAAACACGGGGAGAUGGGAACACACGACAUCCUGCCUUACACUAAAAGCGAAAAGGACAAAGAAAUGGAUCAGGGUGGACUGAAGCGCAAUGGUAAUCGAGACGACGGCCUGACAUUUGCGGAGAUAGGAGGUACUGGUGACACACCUGGUUCACUGUUCCAGUCUGCAAUGCAUCUGCCUGGGUCUCUGCCCCCUGCCACAGUGGCCCCCAAUAGACAGGGUGGAACCAAUGGCCAGGGGGAGCUUGGAGGCCUGUUUGAGUCUCAUCAGCAUCAUGUUCUGGGUGAGGGGACAGACAUGAAGGAGAGUAAAAUGAUUCGAAUGCAGAAACAACAACAACAGCAGCAACAGGAUAUUGGUAUAUUCGGCAUGGGGGACAGCUUGCCAUUGUUUAACCAGUGUAUUUCCGAUACACCCACAUCUGUCAUCAACACCUCAGACACUUCCGUCCUAGGCAACCUUCCUCUGCCUGACCUUUUUUCCCACCCCAUAAAGACGGAAAGCAUUCUUUCUCUGGACAAAGACUUGGGAACAUAUAGUGGGCACACAGGCACUGGUCUAUGCGAUUUGGAUGGCAACAGUGGCCGCCUGAUUGAGGAUACAGAGAUUUGGCAAGAUCUGGACCUUCCCAGCUCACUGCCAGAAAUCAGUGCUUUUGAGUUGGAUUCAGAAGUGGCACACUUGGAUAACAUUCUACAAGAGAGCGCCGGUGGUGGCUGUCCUGUCAGUGGCUUGCCAAAGGAAAUAAAGCCUCUCAUGGGUAACGGAGAAAACUGUACCAGUGUUAAUGGCACAGAGCAGCAACACCAUGCCCUACACCCCCAUCAACAACAGCAGCAGCAGCAGCACCACCAACUAAUACAUCACCAGCAACAUCAGCCCCAGCAUCACCAGCCUCAGGCCCUUCUCUCCACUGUCAUCAUCAAGGAAGAAAAGGAUCCUGACGAGUCUUUCAUCCAAAUCUGUACCCCUGGUGUGAUAAAACAGGAGAAGCAGGAUAGUGCUUUCUGCCAGCCUCAGUGUCUCCAGAGCAGCAUCAGUUCUCUCCAGGGAGGAGGACCAGGCCCCAUGUCCUCCCCUGUGGGUGUCGGAGCAGUGCCCGGCUACCACUACAGAGCCAACCCGAGCUCAACAAUGGGCAUACAAGACCAGAAGCCUUUUGACAUGUACUCAAACAUGCCUCUGAUGGGGGAUGGCUGGGCCCGGGGGAAAAGGUAUGGAGAGACAUCUGGGAUUCAGAGCAGCGAUGAUGGGCUCACUCCUGUCGCGUCCUUGGCACCUUUUUCUGUUGGCUUCUCCAGUUCAUCACCCAGAGAAGGAGAGAUCAGCAGCUCUGUGGUACCUGCCCAAUCCAAGACCAGUGGGCAGACUCAUAAGAUCUGUUUGGUGUGCUCAGAUGAGGCCUCUGGAUGCCAUUACGGGGUUGUAACAUGUGGCAGCUGCAAAGUUUUCUUCAAGAGAGCCGUUGAAGGAUGGAGAGCACGACAAAACACAGAUGGCCAGCACAACUACCUGUGUGCAGGGAGAAAUGACUGCAUCAUUGAUAAGAUCCGCAGGAAGAACUGUCCAGCCUGCCGCUUCAGAAAAUGUCUUCAAGCUGGAAUGAACUUGGAAGCAAGGAAAAACAAAAAGCUGAUCAAGAUGAAAGUGCACCGGGCUGGGGCAUCAGAGCCCACCAUUAGCAACAUGCCUGUUCCAGUCGUACCCAGGAGCAUGCCCCAACUCGUGCCGACCAUGCUGUCCAUACUGAAGGCCAUAGAACCAGAGAUCAUCUACUCGGGCUAUGACAGCACACUGCCAGAUACUUCAUCACGGCUCAUGUCUACUCUCAACAGGCUAGGGGGACAGCAGGUUGUCUCUGCAGUCAAGUGGGCCAAGUCACUACCAGGCUUCCGCAAUCUGCACCUUGAUGACCAGAUGACUCUGCUGCAGUGCUCCUGGCUCUUUCUCAUGUCUUUCAGUCUUGGCUGGAGGUCAUACGAGCAGUGUAAUGGCAGCAUGCUUUGUUUCGCCCCUGAUCUUGUCAUCAACAAAGAUCGCAUGAAGCUGCCCUUCAUGACUGACCAGUGCGAGCAGAUGCUGAAGAUCUGUAAUGAGUUUGUCAGACUGCAGGUGUCCUAUGAAGAGUACCUGUGCAUGAAGGUGCUGUUACUGCUCAGUACAGUACCAAAAGAUGGCCUGAAGAGCCAAGCAGUUUUUGAUGAGAUCAGGAUGACCUACAUCAAGGAGCUGGGAAAAGCCAUCGUCAAGAGAGAGGAGAACCCUAGUCAGAACUGGCAACGCUUCUACCAGCUAACUAAGCUACUCGACUCCAUGCAGGAGAUGGUCGAGGGUCUUCUCCAGAUCUGUUUCUACACCUUUGUGAAUAAAACCCUCAGUGUGGAAUUCCCGGAGAUGCUGGCAGAGCUCAUUUCCAACCAGAUACCAAAAUUCAAAGAUGGAAGCGUCAAAGCUCUGCUGUUUCAUCAGAAAUGACUGCCUUAAAUUGUGAAUCAAUGCCUUAAAUCCUGCCCUGCACAUAUACCUCUCCAGGGGCCCCUAGCUUGCAUAUCCUGCCUCCCUCAUCGCUCCCUCAUAGCUUGCAUAUCCUGCCUCCCUCAUUCAGUUUCUCAGUUUUUCCUGGGCCUCCUCUAGAAAUUCUGCCACGCCCCUUUGGGGCUCAGCCAUUCAGCCUAAUCUUGGAGCACAAUACCUGUGGCCUCAAGCCCCCUAUCCCAGUCCUAGUCCUGCCAUAGUAUCUUAUCACCGACCUAUAGCCCUUCCUCUUAGUUGGACUCUGAAUGUCUCUUGGGAUGGAUGCAUUUUGGAUAAUUUUUUUUUCAGUCCUCCCUCACCUACUCUACACCCAUAGCCCUGUGCUUGUAUUUUUAAUGCUUUCUUACAAUGGCUAUGUGCCUCAUAUUCUUUCAAGCCUCUAGUAUUUUACUGCAGUUUUCACAGAGAAGCUAACAUAUACAGUACAAACACCUUUUCCUCCAAGAACAUUACACCUGGUAUACUUUGCAACUUGAAAGGUUUUGCAGUUCAAGCCUAGUGUUCCUCUGCUCACAUGCCCAGCUUGUAUCUAUCGGUCCUUCCCAGCUUCACUGUGCAGAGAAUGUAGUGAGUGUCCACUUUUCUGGGGGUUUUUUUGGAAGACCGUUCACGAUGAAGGGGACAAAAAAACCUCAGAACAGUUGGAAACAGUCACAUGAAAGAAUUUUAUUAUUCUUCACGACAAAUGGACAGGGCAAACUUUCCCGUUGUGAAUUACAUAUCACUUCAGAAAUUAUUCAAAUCACAAUUCUACACAAGACCACUGAGAAAAGAAAUCAGCUAGAGACAUAUUCUCUAUUUAUUUUAUGCAGGCACACAAUUCAAGUCACAUACAGAAGCAAGACACACACACAUUCACUCAGCCAAAUGUUUACACAGGAUGUACCUGAGGGAAAACCAGUGCCUUUUAGUUUUUACGCUCUUCAUAGCCAUCCACUAUAAGCUGUAGGUUUUUUUGCAUUAGAAGUUGAUGUCGACAUCUUUCCACAUGAUUUGUCUGUUUCUCUAUUUCCGCGUUGUAAUUUCUGUUUUCUUUUUCCGAGCUGCCAUUUCAGUGUUCUUAAUGUGGAAAUCUCUCUGUUUUGUUCUUAUCUCCUGUUCUGCAUGUAGGAACACAGCCUAUGGUACAGAUAAGUAAUGUUAAAUGUUCAGUUUUAUCACAUUGCAAAAAAAAAAGUCCCAAAACAAAUUUUUUUUGGUCUUUUAUUAUCCAUGUGAAGUAUAUUAGAUAAAUUUGCCGCCUCUCCCAGUCAGUAUGAAAUUCUGUUAAAAGUUCUAUUACCCUGAUUACCCAGCAUAUAUAAUGAAUGCACUUACAAAUAGCUUUUUUUCUUGCUUAAGCUUCAGCCAGCUUUGAUCUAAAUGGGUACUGCUAAAAUUCAAAUUAAAGACACAUUUAAUAUUUUGUACUACUUGGGAGCAGACUGAUUUAAAUUUUAGGAUUUCUAUCUUUAAAAAGUUUUUUUUAUGUUUUAAUUGCAUUUGUGUUUUAUAACCAAAAUGCAUUUGAAAAAGCCAUCCGAAGUAUCAAAGGGCCUGCUGUCUGUUUGAAAAGUGACGUAAUGAGUCAAUUAAAUCUGGCUUGAAGUUAAACCGUCCUUUUAUUUCCAGCUGCAUUCAGACCGAGGUUGGUAGUUUAGUAAAUGCACUAUAUGGACAAAAGUACUGGCCCGCCUGCACAUUACACCUACUGUACAGGAGCUUCUCAGCCAUGGAAACCCUUUGCCAUUAAGCUCCUGGUUCACAGUUUUUGUGCUGACGAUAAUACCAGAGGUGAGUUGGGAAUUCUGCAGUUAUUGAGUCAGCAGAGCGACUUUUACAUGCUACAGUGCUCGGUGACCCCGCUCUGUAACUUAACUUGGUAUGUCACUUAAUGGUUGAGUUACUUUGGUUCUUAAACACAUCCACUCUGCAAUAAAGCCACUUACGGUUGAUGAUGGAAUAUCUAGGAGGGAAGAAAUUUCACGAACUGAUAUGUUGCAACAGUCACUUGCAGCUAUUAUAGCACCACCCUCAUUCCUUUCACAAAUGUUUGUAAAAGCAUUCUGCGUGGCUAGGUGCUUGAUUUUGUGUGCCUAAGGCAACGGGACUGAAAAUUCCUUUUGUCCAUAUAAUGCAGCUUUAACCAAAUAUAACUGAAGUAGGAGUGACCUGCUAGUUCGUAUUCCUCGUCUGCUCUUCAUAAAUUUGUGUGAGGUCAUAAAACAAUAGAAAAAACUUCAAUAUGUCAGACCCCAAAAGGUACUAAUGUUAGGAUUGUUGUUGUUUUUUCAUUUUUCAAAGUAAAAGGUUUAACUGACUCAAAAAUGGUAGCAACAUAGCACUCGUGAUAGGAAAUUAAGGCAUAACAUUGAUGGAAAAAGUAUCGUUUCCUUCAAGAUACCAUUUUGAUUUAAUAUUUCCCUUUAAUUACCAUUAACUGAAUGUACUUGCAAAAUCAGGACUUAUUAUAUGGAGUUGCUGUGCCAACAUUGUGAAAAUACAAAAAUAUAUUUGUUUAAAAUAAAAUAUUUAUUUUGUAUACUGGACGUGAAAAUGGAUACCCAUAAUUGAUGAAGCCUAUGUUUUAAAAACAUUGCCCCUCUAAAGCUCAAAACGUUGGUCUAUUGAUUUGUGAAUCCAACCUCAGGAAGUGAGUGAUUACUUCACAUGGAUGUGCUCUACUUGUUCCAAAUGUAAUGGAAAUACCCGUUUUGUUUUGGUUUGGGUUUUUUUCUUUUCUGGAGAUGUGAAAGAGUACUUGUGAUCUGACAUUAAGUGGUUGUUGUAACUUUGCUUCAGGGUGCUCAUUUAUUUACAAAAAAAAAAAAUUACAAAAAAAAAAAAAAGGAUUGUUCAGUGUCACACCUACACCAGCUUAAAGUACUGAUUGUUAUCAUUUAGCCCAUUGUAUGAUAAACCUUUUUGUGAUCAACAAAAAAAUUGUAUUUUUGAAUUUUCAAAAUACAUUUGUAAUGUGAAAAUUCAUACCAGCUUGUGUGAUGGCCAAAGCAAAAUGCAGUGCAGUUGUACGCUGGCUUCUGCUGGAAGUGUUAAAACAAAAUGCCCUUCACCACCUCCUGUAGAGUACAGUUACUUUCCUCAGUAUGUGUCUUAUGACUGUCAGGCCUCUCUGCCUAAAAUGUCAGCUGUACAGAUUUUCAGCUGUUUACUCUGAACAGUACUCGCCCCUCUGCAGCACAUAACUCUGAAUGCCAAUUAGCAGAGACCAGGUAAGCAGGUUGCCAUAGAGACUGGUCAUUUGUAUGUUAGUUACGGCUAACAGCACAGUGGGCACUGGAAGCAUACAAGCCACUGCUGAAUAAGAGCCAUCUUUUUUUCUUCUUUUUUUCUUUUAGGGGUGGUCACUCGCUUCAGGGUUGUUUCAUUGACAGUGCAGGCUUUCAGCUCCACCUUCAAACUGUGCCGUGUGUCCUUGUGCUGUAAAAAACAUGAGCUUGUCGCUGCUCGCAUCACUGUGUGUUGAUUAUUCUAGAGAAGAAUUGACUAAACUAUUUGUUUGGAUAACUUGGAGAUGGUAUUACAGUUGUUCCAAGGUGGUGGUGCUUCAGAAAACCAGCUUUAACAUCUAGAUGUAACCAUAUCGCUGCUUAUCUCGGAAUGGCUAUAGGCGCAUAUAGCAAUGCUGGCAUAUCUAGUGCAAUGUAAACAUCAUCUAAGAUUACAAAACAUUUUUGCAUUUCACCUUCAUGCUCGAUUAAAGGCCUUGCGAAAGGGAGCCAGAGAGCCAUAGAAAUAAGAUUUCACAUCAGGAAAUAGAUAAACCCUUAACAUAUAUCGAUGCUUUUAGAGAUUGAUCUAUUGUAAAAAUGAUAUUUUCUGUGAUUUUGAUUACAUCGGCUUGAUCCUCUUUGAUAUGACUAAUUUUGCUCAGUCGUUUUUGUACAUUGAAUGAGUCAAGAAAGUAAAUAUUUUUCUGUUUGUUGGUUUGUGUUUGAUAAAGGUAGAUGUGUUAAAUCCAUAAGGAAGUGUUGAACAUGUUUGUCUUGUGAAGUAAAUGUAAAUUCUCAAGUCCAUGAAAAAGUCUACAUGAAAGCUCACUGUGUUUUUAAAGAUAAGGAAAUGAGGGAGAGGGACAGAGAAAGACUGGUGGAGAUUUUUAGGUUUAUAUAAGAGUGACCAAAGCAGAGGAGAAAACAAAAAUUAACAAAAGAAGUAUUCAAGCAGUUACAUUUUGAGUAGCACUUACUAUCCAACUUCUAGUACUUCUUGUUUUAUUUUAAAGAUGUCUUUUGUAAAGGUCGUGGCUUUGGACCCCAUGUAUUGUUCUGUGAGGAUUUACUGGUCACUUUAAAAAGAAAAUUUAAAAUGUUGACUCUCCAUAUGAAAGUAAAAUUUACCAGAGCCUGACAGAAUUGCACUACCCUGAUAUUGUUUGAUAUAAUCUAUUUUGUAUAAAAUACAUGCAAAUGUUAUCUUUAAAGAUUAAGGGCAGAUCAUGUUUCACUGGUAUAUAUGGCUAUAGCUUUCACUAAAGUCUGUUUUCUUCGUAUUUCAGUUAUGUAAAUGUAAUCCAAUGUUAAAAAAAUACAAACCAUUAAAAAAAAACAGUAGUUUGUAUUACUUCUGUAUUACACCCUU